UCACAAACCCAAUCUCUAUAUUUCAUCUGAAGGAAAAGGACAUUUUGAUUUUGGUAUCGAGGUUUCGUGAUGAGAACUCAAAACGUCGAAACCCCCAAAUCGAGGGCUACGAAGAAAACACCGGUGAGGAAAUCUGCUACUAAAACCCCUCCAAAGCUAUUAGAAGAAUCACCAAAGUCUUCUACAGAGAAGAAGGAGAAACCCUAACCUGUUCUGUCUUGGCAAUUUGAAGAGAGAAGAGGAAGGAGGGAGAAGAAGAAGAGAAGGGGAAAACGGUAGACUUCAGAUCCAUUUUUUACCACAUUUGGUUUCCCAGGUUCUCUCUCAUCUCGAUCGUACAUGUGUCAAGAUUCACAUGUCGACAUCUAAGACCGUCUCCGCUAGCAUCCGUCGGAUACUCUGGCCACAGAGGAUCUCAAUCAUUGUUUAAUGUUUUUCACUGUUUUUUAUGAAAGUUAAAUGAUUCUCAUUCAACCGCGUAUAACCCAGUCUAUUCGAUUGUGAGGUCAAUACAGGCCCACAUGACUCAUCAGCCAAAGGCCCGGAUAUCCGUCGUUAACAAAAAAAAAAAAAUCCAGCCUGAUCUGAGCUCUAAAAAUGAGUUUGAUUUGAUUUGGUUAGAUUUAAGUUCGGUUUGAGAUGCAAUAGACAGUUGGACAUAAACCACAAAAGUGAAUCGAUUCUUUAUCGGUGCGGUGCAUCAACUUCCUCCCUUAACACCCUCUCUGCUCGCUUUCUGCACUUCGCAAGUGCCUAAAUUUUUUUGCAGGCAAACCCUAAAACCUGAAGAUGUUCAAUUUACUUUGUAGACUAUGAAGACAGCCUGGAGAGUCUCUAGGGCAGCAAAGGUGGAACUGCUUAUGCAGAAAUGCUCCGUAGAAUCCAAGUCUAAGUCUUUGUCUUUGUUCAUUCCACUCUCUAACAUAUCGAGGAGCUCAAACCGCAGUUUCAUCAGAGAAAUCUCUGGUCAGACGCCUAAUUGCUGCUCCAAUGGCAUCCCGCAGUCGUUCAGUUCACUCACGAAGAAGAAGUCUUUUACGCGCCCCGUCACUGAAGAGGAUAUGACCCAAAAAGUGUCGGAAUUGAAGACUGAAUUGGUCGCUCAUAUUGGGGACUCCAAGAAGAUCUCCUCAGUGUUGAAAUCCAGAGCUCCUUCCUUGAUUCAGAACUACUAUAAUGGAUUUGGGUUGAUUGAGCUGUUGGAGCAGUUGGGUUCGUGGCCUCAGUUAGCCCUAGAGGUAUUUAAUUGGAGAAGAAAACUAGCUGAUGAUGCUGGUAUACCAAUGGUAUCUGAGGAGUAUGCCAAAGGAAUUAGAAUUGCAGGCAGAGAUAAUAAUUAUGUUGAUCUUGCUGUUGAAUUGUUUACGGAUGCUACUAAUAAGGGAAUCAAAUCAACUUCUAUAUAUAAUGCACUCAUGGGUGUUUAUAUGUAUAGCGGUUUGGCUGAGAAAUCUCAGUCACUCUUUCGUGAUUUAAAAAGAGGACCGGAUUGCGGUCCUACGAUUGUGACAUACAACAUUCUCAUCUCAAAUUUUGGUCGGCUAAUGCUGGUAGAUCAAAUGGAGGCAACUUUCCGGGAGAUACAGGAGUUGAAUCUCUCCCCUAAUUUGAGUACAUACAAUAAUCUGAUUAAUGGAUAUGUUACAGCCUGGAUGUGGGAUGAAAUGGAGAAGACUUUCAGGGUUAUGGAAGCAGGUCCUAUCAAACCAAAUAUUGACACCUACUUGCUAAUGCUUCGUGGAUAUACAUAUUCGGGCAAUUUGGAGAAGAUGGAAAAGACUUAUGACUUGGUGAAGGAUCAUGUGAAUGCAAAGGACAUUCCUUUGAUUAGAGCCAUGGUACAUGCAUAUUGUAAGAGUUCCGAUACUGAUAGAAUUAGAAAGAUUGAGGCAUUACUGAAGCUAAUUCCAGAGAAUGAGUAUAGCGCUUGGUUGAAUGUGCUUUUAAUUAGGGUUUAUGCCCAAGAGGACUUGGUGGAAGGGAUGGAGAAUUUCAUAAAUGAAGCAUUUAAACAUAAAACUUCAAUCACUACUGUGCAUGUGAUGCAGUCUAUCAUAACAAGUUAUUUCCGAUGCAAUGCAGUGGACCGGCUUGCGAAGUUUGUAAAGCAGGCAGAGUCUGCUUGCUGGACAAUUCCUCGGUCCUUGUAUCAUUGUAAGAUGGUCAUGUAUGCAUCGCAGAACCGGCUGGAGGACAUGGAAAACGUGCUUGGUGAGAUGGAAAAUUCCAAUGUUUGUCCCACGAAGAAGACAUUCAUCAUCAUGUAUAAGGCCUACUCACAGUAUGGCGAAAGAUAUAAAUUAGAGAGAUUACUAGGGCUAAUGUGCAAGCAUGGGUUUGGAAUUCCAUUGGAUGCCUCUCCUUCCUAGGUCACAGUUUCACAAAAGAAAUGUACUAUUCAAAUAUUCAGAAAUUCAAUCAUUGAAUUGUUGCAAAUGGCAUAUUGUCAUCUUAGAGGACAAUUUCAGCUGCUUGAGGAUUGUAAGCAUCUUCUUUUCAAGUUCAUCUCAGUUUUACUUUGUCAAUAUUUGCUCUUGUUGUAUCUUAUAAGCUUGAAACAUGAGCGGAUGAUCUUUUCUUUUUCUUUGAUGAUGAUUAUGAAACUCAAUAGGGCAUUUCCCCUUUUUUUAUAGAAACUUUUGUAUAAGAAA